GUUGUUUUUGUAAUAACGUGUUUACCUAUCGGGUAAAGCAAUGAAAUAAUAAUACACUUCAUGUUCCAACUCUUACCGUUUCACUUUGGUUGCUUAUUCAUCGACGCUAACAUUACAUCUUAUAAGGCGAAGGAACAAAAAAAAAUAUUUUAAACUAAUUUGUAUGAUUGAAAAACAUUUAAAAUUUAAAUAUACCGGCCCGAAAAAAGAGCGUUCUAAACAUUGAAAGUAUUUCUGAACAUUGAAUUUGUCAUUUUGCGAGAGCAGGUGUCGAAUCGCGGAGAUGACUUGAUUUACAUAUGUACAUGUAUGCAUGUUUGUAAUGUAAUUGGAAUUUCAGAAAGUAUUUGACUCUGCCAAAUUGGCUAAUUUUUAGGCUGGUACAGUUUCUUCUUAACAUACAUAGUAAUUCGUUAAAAUGGUUCCUAAACGUAAGCAUGUCUAUGUCAUAAUUUUUGUGGCCGUUGUAUUAGUUUGUUUGAUAAAAAUGUUGUUCUGGAACUCACCUCUGCCAAUUUUGACUAUUGACCCUGGGAACUACUCAACGGUUCGUUAGUGAAAUCCUGGACAACGAUCAACCCCUUUUAAAAAUCAACUUGGGAACGGCGAGAGUGGAAGCCGUCUUCUGUUUCGUGUAUUACCAGUCACACUACACGGGGCUGGUCGACGAGUUGAUACGUACGCACUCCUGGAUGAGGGAUCAUCCGUAACGAUGAUCGACGACGAGCUGCGGAGAGACCUUGGGGUUCAAGGUAAGCGUCGACAACUUAAUAUUCAGUGGUUUGGAGGUAGAGCAACCAGACAGCCUACCAACGUCGUGAGUCUGCAAAUCAGUGGAUUGGGCAAGCAAGUUCGCCAAGCGCUGCGAAGCGUGUAUUUCGUUCCGGAUCUGAGCUUGCCGAUGCAGACCCUGAACCGACGAGAUGUUCAAUGCGUGCAUAAGGAUGCGCGACUGCCGAUAAAACCCUACAGCAACGUGGUACCGAAGUUGCUCAUUGGGCUUUAUCACGGAGACUUGGGAUUUCCACUUCGAACGCGACGGCUUGCCAGAAAGGGACCGUACGCUGCCGCAACCGAGCUGGGUUGGGUUGUUUUUGGGCAUUCAAUUUCGCCGUCACCGAUGUCUUGCCUUUAAACCGUGCCAACGGACGAGAUUGUUCAGAGGAUGGUGGAAGACUACUUCGAUAUUGAGAAUUUUCGCUUGAAGCUUACGCCACCAGUCGCAGGUAACGACGAGGAGGAUACUGGAAGACACGACGAUGAAAUUGGGCCUACGUUACCAGACAGGUUUACUAUGGAAGGACGACCACAUUGUGCUGGCACUCAGCUAUGACAUGGCGUACAAGCGGUUGGUCAAUGUCGAGAAGAAGAUGAAGCGCAACGGUCGGUUCGUGCAUGCUUACAGCAGGAUCAUCAAAGAUUACGUGUCUAAAGGAUACGCUCGACGAUUGGAGCCUAACGAGGUCGCGGUGGAAAGCGACAGGCUAUGGUACUUGCCUCAUUUUGGAGUCGAAAGCCCGAAAAAGCCAGGCAAGAUUCGAUUGGUCUUCGACGCUGCAGCCAAAGCUGGAGCAACAUCGCUAAACUCGGGCUUGAACAAAGGACUCUUUCAUUUCCGAGAAGAAGCCGUCGGAGUUUGUGGGGACAUCAAGGAAAUGUUCCACCAAGUUCUGAUCCGACCCGAGGAUAGAUGUUCCCAACGCUUCCUGUAGAGAGAUGGCAACGACGAGAGGGAUCCUGUUGGGUGAAGGAAAUACAUGCGAACUCUGGAUUUGAGUUAUGCCAGUUUUUAUUCAGUUCACCCGUUGUGGAGACAGCAUUGGGUCCACCAGAACACGAGAAGUGCGUCAGAUGGGGUGAGUCUGAACAGAAAAUUCUGGGAAUGUAUUGGCAGGCAGCCACGGAUUACUUCAAGACUAACGUGAAGUAUCAUCGAACUCCGAGCAGCGUAGUGUACGGAGAACGAGUCCCUACCAAGAGGCAGUUUUUAAGCUUGGUCAUGUCUACGUUUGAUCCUCUGGGAUUUCUUUGCUGUCUCAUAAUAACAGCUGUGUACCAUUUUCACGCCAAGAUGAAGCAUCAAAAUGUGGAAAUGUGUGUGUGUGUGUGUGUGGAAAUUACUGAGAUCCGGAUGAUAUUCUGGGUCACGAAGUUGAGACGUGUCCUACGCAAGGUGAUCUCAGCGUGUAACGUGUGUAAGCUACAACGAGCGCGGCCGGUGCCACCGGUUAUGGGACCCCUCCCGGAGGAUCGCUUGGAGGUCAAUGGUUGGCCGUUCAAGACCACUGGACUGGUUUAUUUUGGGCCAUUGAUGGUGACCGUGGCUCGACACAAGGAGAAGCGAUGGGUAGCCAUGUUCACGUGCUUGACGACCAGGGCGAUACAUCUGGAGUUGGCGCAUGACCUGUCGACGGAUUCCUGCAUAAUUGCGAUCAUGAAUUUCGUCUGCCGUCGAGGGCCAGUGCACAAGCUGCGCAGUGAUAACGGCAAGACCUUUGUGGAAGCUGACAGGGAAGCCAGACGAUUUGGUGAUAUGUUCGAGCCGGAAAGAAUACAAGGAGAGAGGACGGAGCCGAUUCGCCAGGGUGACAUGGUCUUCGUUUGUGAUCCAGCCUUGCCCCGGCGCAAGGGAAUCAUCGAGGAGGUCUAUCAUGGAGUGGGUGGAGUGAUCCGACGCGCUAGGGUACGCGUGAGCGACAACGGCCUAUCUAGAAUUAUUAUGCGUCCCGUCUCCAAACUUGCAGUUUUGGAUUUGAGUGAAGCGGAUCACGGGGUCGGGGAUGUCGACGGACGAUAGUUAAUCCGAUAGGUCUUAAGAUAGUUUAAUAUAUAUAUCGAGAAAUGUAUGGAUUAGAUCUCGAUCUGUGAACGGUCAUACUGGGAGGCCAUUGAUUUGCCGCCAUGGUUUAAGCUUCCGCAUUUAUUGUCGCGUGGUGAAUUGAGGAGGAAAUACUGCGAUAAGAUUAGUUUACAGAAUUGUGUUAGGUUAUGUUCUAAGUGAAUAUUUCAAGAAUAAAACGGCUUUACAACGGGAGUCAGCCUGAGUAACCUUUCUACUGGCGGGGUGGAAAUCGGCCGUUAAAGGCAAAAAGGAUAUCACAGCACUUGCCAACUUAAAAGAAGCAGCAAUGGUUUAAUGUCAUUGGGAUGCAGACUUUUAUGAUAAUUAUAAACUUACACGCUACGAUAGUCGAAGGAAUUCGGGAAACAAACAUCAAAACUAUUAUUGUCAAAGACAUAAUUCUCAUUCGUAUGGUUAUCCAAGAAAUAAUAAUAAUUCAAAAGAUUCAACAAUUCCUCAAUGUUCAUCAAAUAGCAACCAAAUUUCCCCUCAAAACCAGGGAAAUUAUCAUGAGUAUAGGAGAAACUUAAACCAAGGUAGGGUCCAAAACCCUUUAAAGUUCCAAGCAUCAUCGUCAUAUAACUCCCCGAAUGUACCUGUUAAAAGACAAAGAGAGCAUGACAGUGUACAGAACAGAAUAUACGUAAAUUUUCAGCAAAUUGCAUCGGACACAGAAAGUGUUGCCCGUAUGUCAGAGUAAUGAUUAAAGGAAAACCACUUAGAGCCAUGAUAGAUACAGGGUCAUCUAUCAAUAUAAUGACAACAAAUUUUGGAGAAAAUGAAGAACAAGAUGAAAAAUUAAAAGUGUAUUCUAUAAAUGAAUCAAUGGAAUUAAAUAAAAGUAUAACAUUGGAUCCUUGCAAAACAAAACAAAAAUCUUAUUUACAUAUAUUUUCUGAAAAUUAUGAUAUUUUAAGAGGUAAAUAUUAUUUGAAGGAAAGUAAAGCAAAAAUAAAUUAUGAAGACUAAACUGUGACGUUAGGAGACGCACUACUUUACAUAAAAUAUUGUGAAAACGAUAUAGGAAAAGAUAAGACCGCACUAAAAUGCCUUUAUCCACCCUUAUCAAAGGAUCAAUCAUUCAAUUUUGCCAUCAAUAAUGAACUAAAAGAAUGUAACGAAUACAGAUUAGAACACUUGAAUGAAGGUGAAACAUUCAAUACAAACAAUACAUGAAGACCCAAUAUACAGAAAACCAUACAAAUACCCUCAAACUUUUGACGGAGAAGUCAAAAAACAAAUAAAUGAAAUGAUUGAACAGGGAAUAAUUCCUAAAUCAAUAUCUCCCUGUUGUUUACCAACUUGGAUAGUUCCAAAAAAGAGCGAUUCAUCAGGCAAAAUGAAAUUUAAAUUAGUAGUGGACUACAAAAAUUAAAAUAAGAUCACUGUCAAUGACAAAUUCCCAAUACCCAUAAGGGAUGAAAUAUUAGACAAAUUGGGAAGUUGACAAUAUUUCACUACUAUUGAUAUAGCUAAAGGGUUCCAUUAAAUUCAAAUGGAUCCAGAGUCAAUACCUAACACGUCAUCCUCAAGAAAACACAGUCAUUACGAUGUACACAAAUGUCAUUUGGUCCUAAAAAUGCCCCUGCUACUUUUCAAAGAUGAAUGAACAAUUUAUUCGAAGAUUUAAUCUAGGUAUACCUAGAUGAUAUUAUAAUUUUUUCGACUUCAUUUGAAGAACACAUUCUAUUAUUGAAAAAGGAAUUUAAAAAGUUACGAGAUGCAAAUUUAAAACUACAACUAGACAAAUGUGAAUUCAUGAAAACGGAAACAGAGUUCUAAGGCCACAUAGUAACUACUACAGGUAUUAAACGAAACCCAAAAAAGAUAAGUGCCGUUAUUCAUUUCCCAAUACCAAAUUAAAUCAUUUACUGUACUGUGUGGAUUUUAUCGAAAAUUCAUACCGGACAUUGCAAAUACCGUAAAACCAAUGACAAUGAAAUUAAAGAAGGGCGCCACAAGUAAUAUCAAAGACAAAUCUUACAUAGAAGCAUAUGAAAAAAUGAAAGUCUUAAUUACUUCAGACCCCAUUUAAAUUUAUCCCAACUUUAGUAAACAAUUAUCAUUAACAACAGACGCAAGCAAAAUGGCGAUAGGAGCACUAUUGUCACAAAGUCAUAAACCAAUCUUUUGUGCUAGGAGAACUCUUUACGAACACGAAAUAAUUUGCGCUACCAUAGAAAAAUAUCUUUUAGCAAUCGUAUGGGUUACCAAAUAUUUUAGAUUAUAUUUAUUCGGCAGGUCUUUUAAAAUAUUAAGCGAUCAUAAACCUUUAGUUUGGUUAAACAACAUAAAAGAGCCAAAUAUAAAACUACAAAGAUGGAAAAUAAAAUUAAACGAAUAUGAUUGUCAGAUUAAAUAUUUGCAGGAAAGAAAAUUAUGUAGCUGACGCAUUAUCCAGGACUAAAAUAAAAGAAAAUUUGUUUUCAGAUACUUGUGAAGAAAACAUACCAGGUGAAAUGCAACAGUCCACAGUGCUUAAGAAGACAACCAAAAUUAUAUUUCUUUAACCGAGAGACCAUUUAAUUAUUUUUCCCGACAAAUCGAAUUAAUUAAAGGAAAUUUAAAUACAAUUGAAGUAACACAUUACAUUCACAAAUUAAAAACUAAAAUUAUUUAUAAAAAAUGACAUAGACUUUAGCAAAAGAAAUAAUUAAAGAAUACUUAUGUACUAAAAAGAGCGCAGUUUAUUUCCAUAAUGACUCAGAUUUCCUCACAUUCCAAAAAGCCUAUGUAGAAAUUAUAAAUGCAAACCAUUUAACAAAGUUAGUAAGAUGUACAGCCAUACUCGAAGACAUAUUGACAUACACCGACUUUAAAGAAACAAUUCUGAAAAACAUAAGGAACUUUUACAUCCAGGAAUCGAAAAAACCACUAAAUGGUUUAGAGAAAAAUAUUAUUUCCCUAAUUAUCAAAAAUUAAUUCAAAACAUAAUAAAUGAAUGUGAAAUUUGUAAUAUUGAACACAGAAAUACCAAACUGACAUUUGAACUUACCCCAGAAAUUGAAAAUAUAAGCGAAAAAUUUGUCAUGGAUUUUUAUAUGGUGGGUAACCAACAAUUUUUAUCAUGUAUCGAUGUAUAUUCAAAAUUUGCUACUCUAGUAUAAGUCACAGGUAGAGAUUGGUUAGAAGGUAAAGGAGCUAUCAUGAAAGUAUUCAACGAAAUGGGAAACGUCAAAAAAUUAAAGCAGAUAAAGAUUUACCAUUUAUGUGUGUAGCUUUACACAAUUCAUUAAAUUCGGAAAGUAAAAACGGUAUAUCGGACGAAGAAAGGUUUCAUAAAAUGGUAAAUGAGAAAUUGAGAAUGUCGUUUGAAUGAUAUAAUACAUUUCUUAACCCAUUCAGAACUUAUUGAAAAGGACGAAUUUGUGUGAAAAUCUACUUUUUGAACUUUUUUCCUCGC